AUGUCUAAGAUCACAGUCGCCGGAGUGCGCGAGAAUGUCGAGCAGCUGCUCAACUACUCUCAGAAUGAGAAGAAGAGAAACUUCCUCGAGACCGUCGAGCUUCAGAUCGGCCUGAAGAACUACGACCCCCAGCGUGACAAGCGUUUCUCCGGCACCAUCAAGCUGCCCAGCGUUCCCCGUCCCAACAUGAGCAUCUGUGUUCUCGGUGACCAGCACGAUCUCGACCGUGCUAAGCACCACGGCAUCGAUGCUAUGUCCGCUGAUGAUCUGAAGAAGCUCAACAAGAACAAGAAGCUCAUCAAGAAGCUUGCUCGCAAGUACGAUGCCUUCGUCGCUUCCGAAGCCCUCAUCAAGCAGAUUCCCCGUCUCCUGGGUCCCGGUCUGUCCAAGGCCGGUAAAUUCCCUACCCCCGUCUCCCACAACGAGGAUAUGGCCAACAAGAUCACCGAGAUCAAGUCCACCAUCAAGUUCCAGCUUAAGAAGGUUCUCUGUCUCGGUGUUGCCGUUGGCAACGUCGGCAUGACCAACGACGAGCUCGUCGCCAACGUCAUGCUGGCCAUCAACUACCUCGUCUCCCUGCUCAAGAAGGGCUGGCAGAACGUUGGCAGCCUUGUCCUCAAGGCUACCAUGUCUCCCCCCAAGCGCAUCUACUAG